AUGGCUCGAGAUGCCCACGGUGAGGCGGGGACGCCCGAUCCCGUUGAGAAGGGAUUCGCAACGCUCGGCACUAUCAGAAUCGGCGUGAAGGCGAUGGUGCAAAAGGAUGGCGAACUGCGCAAAGCAGAAAUUCUGUCUAUCCGACAGCGCAAGGAUUUACCAACCUUUUAUGUGCAUUACGUCGACUUCAACAAGCGUCUAGAUGAAUGGAUUGAUGCCACACGUAUUGAUCUUUCUCAGGAAGUAGAAUGGCCACAACCUGAGAAACAAGAUAAGAAAAAGGCUAGCUCCACGAACAAGGCUCCAAACAAAGCCCCUAAGCGUGAUAGUAUUGGCAGUCGUGAUGCAUCUGGAACACCUGGUGUUCUGGACAGCAAAUUGAGCGUGGGAGGCCAAAAUGCUCGCGCUGCAAAUGCUGGACAAAAAGAAAGCCCACAUGUGGGCGUUGACACACCUGGUGAUCAACAAUCACAACUCCAAUCGGAAGACCCUUCUGUAGCUGGAACACCCCAUGCUGAUGACACUGAAAUAGCCGAUUCCCAAGAUGCAGUGAAAACUGCCUCAGGCGAGGUUAUAACUCGAGAGGAGGAGAUUGAGCGUCUCCGAACUGGUGGAAGCAUGACCCAAAACCCGACUGAGAUUCAUCGUGUGCGAAACUUGAAUCGACUCCAGAUGGGCAGAUAUGAUAUCGAGCCGUGGUACUUUUCCCCAUACCCGGCCUCAUUCUCUGACAAGGAUAUGAUCUACAUCGAUGAAUUCUGCCUCAGCUACUUCGACAACCAACGCGCCUUUGAGAGACAUCGCAAGAAGUGCACACUGUUUCACCCUCCCGGAAACGAGAUCUACCGUGACGAUCAGAUAUCUUUCUUUGAGGUGGACGGCCGUCGCCAGCGCACUUGGUGUCGCAACCUGUGCCUUCUCAGCAAGCUUUUCCUAGAUCACAAGACGCUUUACUACGAUGUCGAUCCGUUCAUGUUCUACUGCAUGACCACACGCGAUGCUCAUGGCUGUCAUCUUGUCGGUUACUUCUCCAAGGAAAAGGACUCUGCCGAGGGCUACAACCUAGCUUGUAUCUUGACUCUGCCGCAAUACCAGCGUCGCGGAUUCGGCCGUCUGCUGAUAUCAUUCAGCUACGAGCUCAGCAAGCGCGAAGGCAAGCUUGGUUCGCCUGAGAAACCUCUGAGUGACUUGGGCUUGCUCAGUUACCGACAGUACUGGCGUGAAACAAUUGUUGAGCUCCUCAUGGAUGGACGAGAGGCCAUGAGCGAGAAUGAAGUUGCGGUUCUUACUGCGAUGACUGAGAAGGAUGUUCAUGAGACAUUGGUCGUUUUCAACAUGCUUCGUUAUCAUAAAGGAAACUGGGUCAUUGUUCUCACAGAUUAUGCAGUCGGUGAGCACAAGAAACGUCUUGAAAAGGAGAAGGCCAAGGGCGUUAGCAAGAUUGAUCCGGCGCGUCUUCAGUGGAAACCGCCAGUGUUUACUGCUUCCAGCCGAACCUGGAACUGGUAG